UUUUUUAAUUACUAAUUAGAAGUUUUGUUUUAAUCCCAAAAUGUUAGGGUAGUACUAGUAUGCUUGCGCCCCCACAACCAGUGAUCCAUGAAAAGCUACAACAAACAUCAUUAAUGUCUGCUUUUCUCAUAUUUCUCCAUUAAUUUGUGAAGCGUGUUAGAGAGAGAAGCCGCAGAGAAAAAGGUGGUUCGUCUCAACUACUAAAGGCGUGCGUCACCACUUCUUUGCCCUUUCCCUCUCCGCACCCGACAAAUCUUCAGGUAAUACUAAUGGCUGCAACAGCAACAGCAACAGCUUCAGCUACACCAGGCCCACGAUAUGCCCCUGAAGAUCCAUCUUUGCCUAAACCGUGGAGAGGUUUGGUGGAUGGAAAAACUGGGUAUUUGUACUUUUGGAACCCAGAAACUAAUGUAACACAGUACGAGAGGCCUGGUUCAUCUUCACAUUCACAUGCUAGAUCCAUAUCAUCAAGGCCUUCUUCUGGUUACGUAAGCUCUUGUGCUCAACUACAGCAGUCUUCUAAUACUCAUAAGGAUAGUGAUGAUGAUAAAUAUAGGAGAGGUAGCAAUGGAAACAGGAGUCAACAGAGUGCCAGGUCUGGAAACGCUCCAAGUGAAGCUGUGGGAUCCACUCGAGAGACUGGACCUGUUGAUGCUGGUUGUAUUUUAUCGCCAGAAGCUUAUCGUCGUCGGCAUGAGAUAUCUGUUUCUGGAAGUAGUGUGCCUCCACCAUUCACAACUUUCGAAGCUAGUGGUUUCCCUUCUGAAAUACUGAAAGAGGCACAACAGGCUGGCUUUUCCGCUCCUACGCCUAUUCAGGCGCAAUCAUGGCCUAUUGCAAUGCAAGGUCGAGAUAUUGUGGCCAUUGCUAAGACAGGUUCUGGAAAGACCUUGGGCUACUUGCUUCCGGGUUUUAUGCAUCUCAAGAGGUGCAAAAACAUUUCACGAAUGGGUCCAACUGUAUUGGUAUUGUCACCAACAAGGGAAUUAGCAACACAAAUUCAAGAUGAGGCUGUGAAAUUCGGGCGGUCCUCUAGAAUAUCUUGCACGUGUUUGUAUGGAGGAGCGCCCAAAGGACCACAGUUGAAGGAGUUGGAUAGAGGAGCAGAUAUUGUGGUAGCCACCCCUGGUCGUUUGAAUGAUAUACUAGAAUCAAGGAGAGUGAGCUUGCAUCAGGUCUCCUACUUGGUGCUUGACGAGGCAGAUCGUAUGCUUGACAUGGGUUUUGAGCCACAAAUUAGGAAAAUUGUGAAGGAGGUACCUACUCGCCGUCAGACUCUGAUGUACACUGCAACCUGGCCUAAGGAGGUGCGGAAGAUUGCAGCAGAUUUACUGUCAAAUCCUGUCCAGGUUAAUAUUGGUAAUUCAGAUGUACUUGUUGCUAACAAGGCUAUCACGCAGUAUGUGGAGGUGUUGCCCUAUAAUGAAAAGCAAAGACGAUUGGAGCAGAUAUUGAGAUCUCAGGAGCCAGGAUCAAGGAUCAUCAUCUUUUGUGCAACUAAAAAGAUGUGUGAUCAGCUUGCUCGCAACUUGUCACGUCAAUUCGGAGCAACUGCAAUUCAUGGUGACAAAUCCCAGGGUGAACGAGACCAUGUACUAAACCAGUUUCGAACUGGAAAAUCUCCGGUGCUGGUUGCGACAGAUGUUGCUGCCCGUGGUCUUGAUGUAAAAGACGUUAGGGUGGUAGUCAAUUAUGACUUUCCUACAGGAAUUGAAGACUAUGUUCACAGGAUUGGGAGAACCGGAAGAGCAGGUGCAACUGGAGAGGCGUAUACAUUUUUAAAUGAUCAGGAUGGUAAAUACGCUUCUGAUCUUGUGAAGAUUUUGGAAGGGUCAAAUCAAAAAGUUCCACAGGAGGUCCGUGAUAUGGCUCUUCGAGGUGGGGGUAUGGGCAAGAUUAGACGUCCAUGGGGUCCUAGUCCUGGUGUUCGUGAUGGAGGCCGUUCAAGUUACGGUGGCAGAGAUGGGGGAAGGGGUCGUGAGAGAUAUGAUCGGGGUUACAAUGAUAGUUAUAAUGGUGAUACUCAUGGAAAGUAUGAGCGAGGGUACCAAUCGAAGAGUUUUGGGGGUGAUGGAUAUAGAGGUGGCAGUCGAAGUCCAAGCCCUAGUGGUCCGAGGGCUAUGAGUGGCAAUCAAGCUAGAGAUCAGAGCUGGAAUCGCGGGAGGAGUAGAAGCCGCAGUCGCAGCCCUGAUAGGGGACAACCUGGGCGAAGUUUUCACCAAAUGAUGAUGGAAAGGACUCGUUCUUCCCCCCCAAAAAACCAGCAAAAAUUUUCAGCUGCUGAGUAUGAUAAUGGCCAUUCUAAAUAGGAAAAAUCAACAUCUGCAAAUACUGAUAAAAAAGACGAAGAGGAGGGUGCAAUUCCUGCUGAUUGCUGAUGAACAUAUGAAGAUUUUUGCAGAGUUGAUUUGGUAUUUUUCUUACUACAUUUUUUGGGUAGGAUAAUGGUAGUGCCAUGAAUAUGAUGUAUGCAAUAGACCAUAUCUUACCAUGGUGUCGUUCUAAGUUAUCGGCACGCCGGUUAUCGGCAUCACCUAUGGCUAUGGUACCGUACAUGUAUGACUCAUUCAAACUUGUGUAUCUAGUAUUGGAUAUUCUAAUAUUAACUUAAGUGUCACUUGUACCAUUUUAGUUUUUGGACAUCCACAAUGUGCCAAUAUACUUGAUGCUUUAUAGUAAAA